CUGGAUUUUACCCGGUGUAGUUUUUCGAGGCCUCUUUGUGUCAGCUGACCCGACGCCAUUUUGUCCGCCAUUUCCUCCCGGAGCAGCAGCGAUACUCGCCGCAGAAACAGUGCUGGGCAGCGCCUGCCUUUCAACCCGAGAAAAAACACAACCCCGGCCCCUUAGCAUGACACAAUAAGACGGGUCCCCCAGCAGACACGCAACAAAACCGCAAUCAUGGCUCUGAAAAUGGUAAAAGGCAGCAUCGACCGCAUGUUUGACAAAAACCUCCAGGAUCUGGUACGUGGCAUCAGGAAUCACAAGGAGGACGAGGCCAAGUUCAUCUCAGCAUGCAUCGACGAGAUCAAGCACGAGCUGAAGCAGGACAACAUCGCGGUGAAGGCCAAUGCUGUGUGCAAGCUGACCUACUUGCAGAUGCUGGGGUACGAUGUCAGCUGGGCGGCUUUCAACAUCAUCGAAGUGAUGAGCUCCUCCAAGUUCACCUUCAAGCGGAUAGGUUACCUGGCUGCCUCUCAGUGCUUCCACGAGGGGACUGAUGUCAUCAUGCUGACAACCAAUCAGAUUCGCAAGGACCUCAGCAGCCCCAAUCAGUACGACACGGGCGUGGCGCUGACUGGGCUCUCCUGCUUCGUGACCCCGGACCUUGCCAGGGACCUGGCCAAUGACAUAAUGACGCUGAUGUCACACACAAAGCCCUACAUCCGCAAGAAGGCAGUGCUGAUCAUGUACAAGGUGUUCCUGAAGUAUCCCGAGUCUCUGCGCCCCGCUUUCCCCCGGCUCAAAGAGAAACUGGAGGACCCCGACCCAGGGGUACAGUCAGCUGCUGUGAACGUUAUCUGUGAGCUCGCCAGACGCAACCCCAAAAACUACCUGUCCCUCGCCCCACUCUUCUUCAAACUGAUGACCUCCUCCACCAACAACUGGGUCCUUAUCAAGAUCAUCAAGCUGUUUGGAGCCCUCACUCCACUUGAACCCAGACUGGGAAAGAAACUAAUUGAGCCUCUAACAAACCUCAUACACAGCACCUCAGCCAUGUCCCUCCUGUAUGAGUGUGUGAACACGGUCAUUGCAGUUUUAAUAUCCCUGUCUUCCGGAAUGCCCAAUCACAGCGCCAGCAUCCAGCUGUGUGUCCAGAAACUGAGAAUCCUGAUUGAAGACUCUGAUCAGAACCUGAAGUACCUCGGGCUCCUGGCCAUGUCGAAGAUCCUGAAGACUCACCCCAAGUCUGUGCAGUCCCACAAGGACCUCAUUCUGCAGUGUCUCGAUGACAAGGACGAGUCCAUCCGGCUACGAGCCCUCGACCUACUCUACGGCAUGGUGUCCAAGAAGAACCUGAUGGAGAUAGUGAAGAAGCUGAUGAUCCACGUGGACAAGGCAGAGGGGACGACCUACCGAGAUGAGCUGCUCACCAAGAUCAUCGACAUCUGCAGCCAGUCCAACUACCAGUACAUCACCAACUUCGAGUGGUAUAUCAGUAUCCUGGUGGAGCUCACUCGUUUGGAGGGGACUCGGCACGGUCACCUCAUUGCCUCUCAGAUGCUGGACGUUGCGAUCCGAGUGAAGGCUAUCCGCUCCUUCGCAGUGUCCCAGAUGGCCAUGCUGCUGGACAACGCACACCUGCUGGCCGGGAACACGCAGCGCAACGGGAUCUGUGAGGUCCUGUACGCGGCGGCCUGGAUCUGCGGGGAGUUCUCAGAACACCUGGAGGAGCCCAUGCAGACCCUGGAGGCCAUGCUGCGGCCCAAGGUGACCACCCUGCCGGGGCACAUCCAGGCUGUGUACGUGCAGAACGCCGUCAAGCUGUUCGCCACUGUGCUGGCUCGCCAGGAGGGGGCAGGAGAUAGGCAGGCCGCGCAGGAGACCACAGAGCUGCUCAUUGAGAAACUGCCACAGUUCGUACAGAGCUCAGACCUGGAGGUGCAGGAGAGGGCAUCCUGCAUCCUGCAGCUCAUCAAGUACAUCCAGAAGCUGCAGGCGAAGGAGGUGAGCGUGUCCGAGGAGGUGAGCGCGCUCUUCUCUGGGGAGCUCAACCCCGUGGCCCCCAAAGCGCAGAAGAAGGUGCCCAUCCCAGACGGGCUGGAUCUGGACUCGUGGAUCAAUAAGCCCCUCCGUGAGAUCGAAUCCGAGGACGAGAAACCCAGAGCCAUCUUCCACGAGGAGGAGCCACAGCACAGCCGACCCAGACUGCCUGAGAUAGACGAGAAGGAGCUGGCCAAGCGCCGUGAAGUCCGGAAGCAGGAGCAGGCCAGCAACCCGUUCUACAUCAAGAGCUCCCCGUCCCCGCAGAAGUGCUAUCAGGAGACGGCCAAUGUUGAUCACAUCCCUGUUGUGCAGAUUGACCUCACGGUGCCCUUGAAAGUGCCAGGCAUGCCCAUGUCAGACCAGUACGUGAAGCUGGAGGAGGAUAGACGGCAGAAGCAGAAACAGGACAAGAAGAAAGACAAGAAGAAGAAGAAAGAGAAAGAGAAGAAGCGAGGGAAGGGGCGGCGCCUGGACUCUGCGCACACAGAGAGCGAGGAGGACAUCGCGCCGGCACAGAGUGUGGACAUCAUGACGGAGGAGAUGCCUGAGAACGCACUGCCGAGCGACGAGGACGAUAAAGACCCCAACGACCCCUACAGGGCCCUGGAUAUCGAUCUGGACAAGCCCCUGGUGGACAGUGACAAGCUCCCAGUGCGGACCCACAGGCCUACGGAGAUGCUGAAAUCCCCCGACCCCGUGGCGGGAGUGGAGGAGCAGGGCGAGAAGAAGAGCAGCAAGAAAAUCAAGAAGGACAAGGAGAAGAAGGACAAGGAGAGGAAGAAAAGCAAAGAGGAGAAGAAGAGAAAGAAGCACAGGAAGUCUGCUUCGGGGAAGGAAGUGGAAGAGGAGGGACAAGUUGAAAAGCUCGCCCCUCCAGCAGCGGAAAGCGAGAGCACAGCCCCGCCCGCAGCCCCACCCACGGAGGACUCUGAUUUGGAUUUCUGGCUUUCCAGCGCUCCAGUGCCCUCUCAGUCCCAGCCCGAGCUAGUAGAUCCUGCCCCCUCGUCCGAGCCAGAGGAGCCCAAAGACGAGGAGGAGAGGGAGGUGAGCAAAUCUUCGAAACACAAGAAGAAGAAACACAGGAAGGAGAAGGAGGAGAAAUCGAAGAAGAAGAAGAAGCACCAGGAUGAGGGCGCGGCCGAGUCUGUGCAGAACGGGACGCUGGAGGAAGAGGAGGAGCCCCUGCCGCCUAUGUCCAACUACAGCCUUCUUGCUGAGAACUCGGACAUUAAAAUGUUGAUAAAGGAACAAGGACCGGUACCUGGAAAGGUGUGUGAUAUCCAGGGGAACCUGCAGGACGGCAGUCAGGUGGUGGUGUCGGUCAUCUUCGAGAACAAGGGCAGCAGCUUCCUCAAGUCCAUGGAGUUCAACGUGAUGGACUCUCUCAACACCAAGCUGGUGCGGCCCGAAGGAGCCAGUGUGCAUGACGGCAUUGCUGUGCCCUUCCAACUGCCCCCGGGCGUCUCGAACGAGGCCCGGUUUGUGUUCACCGUCCAGAGCAUCAUCAUGCCUCAGAAACUGAAAGGAACCCUGACCUUCAUCGUGAAGACAGAAGACGGAUCAUCUCAUGAAAAACUUGAUUUCAAACUGCUGUUCACAUGCACGUCGUACCUGAUCACAACGCCCUGUUACAGCGAUGCUUUUGCUAAGUUGUUGGAGUCUGGUGAGCUGAAGAUGAACUCUUUGAAACUGGAAGGAAUAACCAUGCCCUUCCACCACCUGCUUGCAAAGAUCUGCUUCCACCACCACUUCUCAGUGGUGGAGCGGAUCGACUCGUGCUCAUCGAUGUACAGCCGCUCUAUCCAGGGGCAUCACGUGUGUCUUCUAGUGAAAACGGGGGACAAGAGUGUGUCCAUUGAUGCAAAAUGUGACGAGUCGACCCUCCUCAGUAACGUGCUGGAUGAAAUCAAGCUGACAUUUGCUGGGACAUGCUGAUUGUCUUUUUGAAUUCUGCAACUGUAAAAAAAAAAAAAAUAAUAAUAAUAAUCAAAGAAAAAGGCACUAAAACAAGAAGAGCCCUGCUCCCACUCUCCCCUGCGCAUGUACUGUAGCGGCACGCGCUUCACUUUAUAUCCACAGUCCUUUGCAGUUUCAGCAUUCUCAAUUUGUAUGUUUUAAGAAGAGUUUUUUGUUUGUUGGUUUGUUUUUUCAUGCUUUUCUCUGGAUGUCAAACCUUUUCCAACCCAGGGUAUUUUUUAGUUUGUAUUUUGUCAUCCCCAGAUUUUCUUUCUUUCUUUCUUUCUUUCUUUCUUUCCUGCCCUUGUAUCCAUAUCUGUAACACUCCCAAGCAAGCAACACAGAAAUCUAAGCAAUGCCUGUCCUAUAUUAUUUAAAAACCAGGAAAUAAUCCCUUGGUGGUAUUUUUGAUAGAUUGACAAUUCCUUUAAUAAAGUGCAUCUUGCUUGAAUAGAUACGGAUCUCUUUUUAAAUCCUUAUUUUUUGCAGACAAACUGGCAUACACACUGCCUGUUCUCUGAGCUGUAUGUCCCUGUAAACUAUAUAACUGGAAUGCUGUACUGGGAUUACAGAGGAACAGGGAUAGCCUUAAGAUACCCAACUGCCCCUUACUGUAAAUAGCCAGCCAAGAAUUGUUAGGGUUUUCAUUCGGCAUCGUAAGGGGUCAUAUCUAUAGGAAAAAACGGUUUUGUGAAUGGCUGGUUUUAAUUAAAUGGAUUCAGGUGGCCUCUGUAGACAAACACUGGUUAACGUCAAGCGAUCUCGUCCUGGGGGGUUCUGUGGACUGGAUGGGAUUUCUGAAGAUGUUAAUUAGUGUCCACCCAUCCUGUUUUUUUUAUUUAAAGAGUUCUGUAUGGAGGGUGGCACGUUGUUAGACGCUCCCUGGGGAAGCGGGUCUGGGUUGGGAAGUCCCCCUCCAGGACGGCCCGCUCAGUAGUGACUGUGACACUGCUAGCUGGAGUCAGGCAGGUUUAGGCGCCCAGCAUGGUCCCAUUCCGAAAGUAUUCUUGUGGUAGAUUGUAUGAUUAUGAUGGUGUGCAUUCAAACCUGCCUUAAACACCUGACCUAUAAGUCCUGUGUCAUUGAUUUGUAGUGGAAGAACGCUUCCUGGUUGUUCGUGUCUGAUUUCUCUUGAACCUAAUUGUACCUCCCUAGCACAGUGCUUUUAGAUAUUAAGACAUGCUCACUGUCUUUGAAUUCCACAACUGGAAGCAGAUUCAGUUGGGUGUGUAUGAAUCGCUUCUUUCACCGCUGCAGUAGAAAGGUGUGGAUGAAACAGAUCUUGUACUAAGAUCACUGAACAAUCGCAUUACCAUUGUAAAAAAAAUAGCAAAAGGACACGUUCCUAUUUCUGUUUUGCAGUAAAGCUCUGUCGUUGAUGCCUUCAGCAGAGCUCUGUCUGCUCCGCUGGCAGUUGCUGUUGAGUGUUGUGUUUCCUUGUGUGUGGGGUUAGGGAGAGUGGGGUGGGUGUGUCUGUGCGUGUCAGAGAAGGGAGAUUCAGUCAGCUCUGUGGAUAAACGUCUCUUGAAAUGAACUACAUAUUAAAGCAAACAAACACAAAUGUCUUAAAUCGUGUCUAUGCCGGUUAUUCGUAGUGAUGUUCUGUCGAUUGGAUACGCCUCUCAUUUUAGCCUGUAGAGUUUGUUUUUUUUCCUCUAUUCCAGAACCCUGUGUGGUGAUUCUAUACAUUUUGAACUGUAUGAUGUGUUAUUAUAUAAUUCGUAAUAAAAUAAUUAAUUUGCUAUCCACAUUCCCUUUACGAUAAUAAAACAUGACAAGCUGCUGUAUUUUAUUUUGUUUUGUGUCGAGAUGAACCAAUAAAAAUAUAAGAAAUGAUUCAACCAUC